AUGUUCAAUUCGUAUCCAAAACAUUCGGGAAUUUAUUAUGUUAAAGAUGGUAUUGAAAAUUUGCAAAUAAAAAUACAUUUUCGUAGUAUUGGCAGUUUGUUGAAGUUACCCAAAUUUGAGUUUCACAAUAAGCAAGCAAUGCAGGAUUCAUGGAAAAGCCGCAACGUGAGUGGAGUUUCCGAAGAAGAUGACGAUUCUACCACUACCACGAUGGUGACAUUUAAAUGGCAGCAAAAAGUCUUCAGUGAAUUGGAAAAGGAAAUCUAUAAGGAUGAAAAGAAUUGCAUGACGGAACAGCAGCGAAAAUAUCAUCAACAAUUAAAGGAAGAGGAAAGAAUGGCCAAAGACAAGGGAAAAUUAUCAAGGAAGAAGAAUCGCCACAAGAAGGCAGGAAAACCAGAGGUGAAUGAAGUGCCGGUGGAAGGUGGUCAAAAGAUAAUAUUUUCCUAUGUGGUGGAUGAUCAUUUUAAGCCAAAAGAUGCGGAUGUAGAUUCUUCGAUUAUAUCGAAAAACAUGUUGGCUUCCAUAGAACCCUGUGAGGUUAUGUAUAUUUAUGCUGCCCUUAAACCAGAUACCCAAUUGGUGGUAAUGAAAUGGUUUGGAAAACAAAAUUUGUUCUACAUCUAUCCGGAUUUUAAUCAAUUUCAAAUUGAGCCAUAUUAUAUUGAAUUGGAUACUGAUUAUCGUCAUUUGUAUGCCUAUGGUAUUGAGGAUAUAUCGGUGAAACUCAAACCGCAGAAAAAGGAAGCGGAUGAGUUCCUCUACUUACCCGAAUUAUCAACACAUUGGUUGUACGAAGAUGAGUUGUCGAAGAAGUUCGCAAUGCCACCAAAAAGAACCCAACGUUGUGCGGUUUUGUUUACCCUUCAGGAAGUGAGCGGUUUGGAAUAUGAUAAUAUUCACAUUCGGUAUGAAAUUAAGUUGCCAGUGAAUACCUUACUGGAGGAGGGUCUAUUGGAGGGCUCAACACAUUCAGCUUCCGCAAAUGGUAAUGGCACCACACACAUUGGCUACACUUGGCAGUUGACGAUAUUAUGUGAAGAACAUUUCGAUCCCUCUCAGUGUUUGAGAAUUUAUUUUGAAAUCAUAUCCAUCGAUUCAUGGUUAAGAGAACGUACCGAAGGUUAUUGUCAUUAUUCCUUGAGGCUUAUGAAACCCUUUCAACAUAAUGUGGACUUACAAUGCCUUGUGCCAACGGAAUCAUUUGCGGAUUCUUUGACUCGUUAUUUUAUUGGAGGUCGACGGAAAUUUGAUUAUAUGCGAUUUGUUAAGGAGGAGCAGCAGGAAGAGGAGCAUGUAGGACAAAUCCAUUGUCGUUAUGGUGUUCGCAUGCGGAAUUCUGGCCAACUGAAAUUAUCCUGCCAAUCUUUAACACAGCGUAAUUGCGAGUUACUGAAUCCAUGUGCCAGCCGAACCAGUGGCAUGACUUUAGAUGAUAUUAUGAUGGCCUAUAAGGAAGCGAGGAGGAGACUGGAAGCCAUUACCCUAAAGUAG